AUGGAGCCUGGCGCCGGUCCACACCCGCUGCGUCCCCUCGCCUGCCUGGUGCCCCUCUGCCUGGCGGUGCUUUGGGGACCCGGGCGACCUGGGACAGCCGAAGAAGUUGUCCUCCUGGAUUCCAAAGCCUCCCAGGCUGAGCUGGGCUGGACUGCACUGCCAAGUAAUGGGUGGGAGGAGAUCAGCGGGGUGGACGAACACGACCGUCCCAUCCGCACAUACCAAGUGUGCAACGUGCUGGAGCCCAACCAGGACAACUGGCUGCAGACGGGCUGGAUCAGCCGCGGCCGCGGGCAGCGCAUCUUCGUGGAGAUGCAGUUCACACUGCGUGACUGCAGUAGCAUCCCCGGAGCCGCGGGCACCUGCAAGGAGACCUUCAACGUCUACUACCUGGAAACCGAGGCCGACCUGGGCCGGGGGCGACCCCGCCUCGGGGGCAAUCGGCCUCGAAAGAUUGACACCAUAGCCGCGGAUGAGAGCUUCACGCAGGGUGACCUGGGUGAGCGCAAGAUGAAGCUGAACACCGAGGUGCGUGAGAUCGGCCCGCUCAGCCGGCGGGGCUUCCACCUGGCCUUCCAGGACGUGGGCGCGUGCGUGGCUCUGGUCUCCGUGCGCGUCUACUACAAGCAGUGCCGCGCCACGGUGCGGGGCCUGGCGGCCUUCCCCGCCACGGCGGCUGAGAGCGCCUUCUCCACGCUGGUGGAAGUGGCCGGAACGUGCGUGGCGCACUCGGAAGGGGAGUCUGGCAGCCCCCCGCGCAUGCACUGCGGCGCCGACGGCGAGUGGCUGGUGCCCGUGGGCCGCUGCAGCUGCAGCGCAGGAUUCCAGGAACGUGGUGACAUCUGCGAAGCCUGCCCCCCAGGGUUUUACAAGGUGUCCCCACGGAGGCCUCUCUGCUCACCAUGCCCGGAGCACAGCCGCGCCCUGGAAAACGCCUCCACCUUCUGCGUGUGCCACGACAGCUACGCGCGCUCGCCCACCGACCCGCCCUCGGCCUCCUGCACCCUCUCCACCGGGCCCGGGGCGCCCUGGGAGGAGGAUGAGAUCCGCAGGGACCGAGUGGAACCCCAGAGUGUGUCCCUGUCGUGGCGGGAGCCGGUCCCUGCUGGAACCCCUGGGGCUAAUGGCACCGAGUAUGAGAUCCGGUACUACGAGAAGGGUCGGAGUGAACAGACUUACUCCAUGGUGAAGACAGGGGCACCAGCCGUCACCGUCACCAACCUGAAGCCCGCCACCCGCUACGUCUUCCAGAUCCGGACAGCUUCCACAGGGCCCUCCUGGGAGGGCCAGAGCUUCAGCCCCAGCAUUGAAGUGCAGACCCCUGGGGAAGCUGCCUCAGGGUCAAGGGACCAGAGCCCUGCGGUUGUCGUCACUGUGGUAACCAUCUCAGCCCUCCUUGUCCUGGGCUCCGUGAUGAGUGUGCUGGCCAUUUGGAGGAGGCCCUGCAGCUAUGGCAAAGGAGGCGGGGAUGCCCACGAUGAAGAGGAGCUGUACUUCCACUUCAAAGUCCCCACCCGUCGCACGUUCCUGGAUCCCCAGAACUGUGGAGACCCACUGCAGGCUGUGCAUCUCUUCGCCAAGGAGCUGGAUAUGAAAAGCGUCACACUGGAGAGGAGCCUGGGAGCAGGGCACUUUGGAGACCUGUGCUGUGGCUGUCUGCAGCUGCCGGGCCGCCAGGAGCUGCCGGUGGCUGUGCAUACACUGAGGGAUAGCUGCUCUGACUCUCAAAGGCUCAGCUUCCUGGCAGAGGCCCUCACACUGGGCCAGUUUGACCACAGCCACAUCGUGCGGCUGGAAGGCGUGGUCACUCGAGGAAACCCUUUGAUGAUUGUCACAGAGUAUAUGAGCCAUGGCGCCCUGGACGGCUUCCUCAGGCAUCAUGAGGGCCAGCUGGUGGCUGGGCAGCUGAUGGGGUUGCUGCCUGGCCUGGCGUCAGCCAUGAAGUAUCUGUCAGAGAUGGGCUAUGUUCACCGGGGCCUGGCGGCCCGCCGCGUGCUGGUUGGCAGUGGCCUCGUCUGUAAGAUCUCUGGCUUUGGGAGGGGUCCCCGGGACCGAGCAGAGGCUGUCUACACCACCAUGAGUGGCCGGAGUCCAGCCCUCUGGGCCGCCCCUGAAACACUCCAGUUUGGCCACUUCAGCUCUGCCAGUGACGUGUGGAGCUUUGGUGUUGUCAUGUGGGAGGUGAUGGCCUUUGGGGAGCGGCCCUACUGGGACAUGUCUGGCCAAGACGUGAUCAAGGCUGUGGAGGAUGGCUUCCGGCUGCCGCCCCCCAGGAACUGCCCCUCCCCUUUGCACCGACUGAUGCUUGACUGCUGGCAGAAAGACCCAGGUGAGCGGCCUAGAUUCUCCCAGAUCCACAGCAUCCUGAGCAAGAUGGGGCAAGACCCAGAACCCUCGAAAGGUGUCACGACCACCUCUCCCAGGCCUCCCACCCCUCUGGCAGACCGUGCCUUCUCCACCUUCCCUUCCUUUGGCUCUGUGGGCGCCUGGCUAGAGGCUUUGGACCUGUGCCGCUACAAGGACAGCUUUGCUGCAGCUGGCUAUGGGAGCCUGGAGGCUGUGGCUGAGAUGACUGCCCAGGACCUGGUGAGCCUGGGCAUCUCCUCAGCGGAACAUCGAGAGGCCCUUCUGAGCGGGAUCAGCGCCCUGCGUGCUCGAGUGCUGCAACUGCAGGGCCAGGGGGUGCAGGUGUGA